GGAGCCGAACUUUGCCGAACUACGCAUAACGUGAGCCGAGCACCCGACCGUUUUCCGGAAAUUGCCGAACGCGUCUAUGUGUAAAAAAUCCUAGGUGGUCUGCUCUGCUCGCUUGGCGAAAGUGUAUGUGAUACAGGGGGUUUGUUUCCAAACCGCUCGCUUCCAUGUGCACAUCGAAGCCGUCGGGACCGGCGAGACCCGCGGCCGUCAUGUAGGAGGCACGCCCGUGGAAACGCCGAACCGACGCCCUGCGCGCCCGGCGCGACGAGCGGAUAUUUUACGUAUGGACGCAGCACCAGCACCACCGAUGCGGCGGCGAUGUUAGGCCUAAGAGUCGAGAGAUGAUCGACGCCGUUUAGGCCUAAACCUCUGCUUGUUUAUCGCGAAAGAAAACCCCCGGCGCGCCGACGCGGGGGCAUGGAUCCGAAGCUCGCACCGCGACGCGUCGCCGGCACGCCGUGGGCGUCUGCCUGAGACGCCGAGAACACAGCGACCCGGGGCUGAACGAGGGAGACGCCGGUAGCGAGCGGUCCUUUGCUGCGUCGCCGACGGCCGCGCAAGCACCACCACCUCGACCCAGCCCGCUGCUGCCGUUGAAGGUUCCAAGUGCUUUUUUUCUCCCCUCUUCGUAAUACAGUGCGCGUAUACAAGAAAACGGCCAGGCAUGUCGGCUCACUCUGGAUCGCACCCGGUCUCGUCGUCCGCGACUUUCGUCGACAAGAUCGACCCGUUCAAAAAGGGAUCGCUCAAGCGCAAGCAACGCAAAUCGCAGGGAUCGUCGCGCUACCGGUCCGCCAACGACGUCGAGCUCCAACCUCUGCCAUUGUUACGAGAUGUUGGUGCCGGGGAGCAGGAGGAGCUCCUGAUUCGCAAGCUGCGUCAGUGCAGCGUCGUAUUCGACUUCAUGGACCCCGUGGCUGACAUCAAGGGCAAGGAGGUGAAGAGGGCCACACUGAAUGAGCUAGUCGACUAUGUCACUGCUGGCCGCGGGGUGCUUACAGAGCCAGUCUACCCGGAGAUCAUACGCAUGAUCUCUUCGAACCUCUUUCGGACACUACCUCCAAGCGAAAACCCAGAUUUUGAUCCUGAAGAAGAUGACCCCACGUUAGAGGCCUCCUGGCCACAUUUGCAGCUUGUGUACGAGUUUUUCUUGCGGUUUUUGGAGUCUCCGGACUUCCAGCCAGCACACGGAAAGCGAGUCAUAGACCAGAAGUUCGUUUUACAGCUUCUAGAGCUCUUCGACAGUGAGGACCCGCGGGAGCGGGACUUUUUGAAGACGGUGCUGCACCGGAUCUACGGCAAGUUCCUGGGUCUUCGGGCGUUCAUCCGCAAGCAGAUCAACAACAUCUUCCUGCGGUUCAUCUACGAGACAGAGCACUUCAACGGGGUGGGCGAGCUGCUGGAGAUUCUGGGCUCGAUCAUCAACGGCUUUGCGCUGCCCCUCAAGGCUGAGCACAAGCAGUUCCUGGUCAAGGUGCUCAUUCCGCUCCACAAGCCCAAGUGCCUCGGGCUAUACCAUGCACAGCUGGCGUACUGUGUGGUACAAUUCCUUGAAAAGGACGCUACGCUCACGGAACAAGGCCCGCUCCCUUCUGUUCCGAUGCAGGUCAUGAAGGGAUUACUAAAGUUCUGGCCUAAGACUUGCAGUCAAAAAGAGGUAAUGUUCCUUGGGGAGAUAGAAGAGAUCCUGGAUGUGAUAGAGCCAACGCAAUUCGCCAAGAUUCAGGAACCCCUCUUCAAGCAAAUAGCCAAGUGCGUCUGUAGCCCACACUUUCAGGUCGCAGAGCGGGCGCUGUACUUCUGGAACAACGAGUACAUCCUGAGCCUGAUUGAGGAGAACAACCAGGUGGUGAUGCCGCUCAUGUUCCCCGCACUGUACCGCAUCUCCAAGGAGCACUGGAACCAGACCAUCGUCGCGCUUGUCUACAACGUGCUCAAGACCUUCAUGGAGAUGAACUCCAAGCUCUUUGACGAGCUCACGUCUGCUUACAAGAGCGAGCGGCAGAGGGAGAAGAAACGUGAGAAGGAGCGCGACGAGCUUUGGAAGCGGCUGUCCCAGCUUGAGCUGAACCACAAGUCCCGGCUGGCGGGCAAUAAUGCCGUCGCAGGCGGCGGCGCAGCGAUGGCCACGGCCGGCAACUCUGCAUCGGCGGCGUCCCCUUCCUCCCGUCCGGGCACCUCACCGCCCACAAACAGCGGCGGCAGCAGCAGCAGCAACUAGCUUCUCUACUAUUCUCCUUUCUUUGCGCCGGCGGCGCCCCUCAUGCCCCUUCUACCCUCCACCGCCUCUCCAAGACACAGGAGGGACGACGACGGCCGCUCUCUCUCCACAAGAGAGGAGUGGGGAAGUUGCACCGCCAUGAUUCUAUGAUGGAGGAAGAAGAAGGGCGGAGAGGAAAGAGUGGCGACAUUCCCCUUUGCGGGAAAAGGUGGCAACAGCCUGCUUGCUUUCCUUGAAUUUUUUUUUCCCCCGGAACCCUCCUCCUCUCCCGCUUAACUGUUGCAGUCGUCGCACUUAGUUCCCUUCCCUUAGUUCUCCUCUCCCUUCUCCCCAGCACUAAUGCCGUUGUCAAAACUGCUGCCACCGGCUUGUGUGUGUCACGUGAGGCUGGCUUUCACCGCAGCAGGAGAGACGGUUGAAACGCUCUGGGGGACUGAAUUUCUGUGCAUGCGCCUACGCCGUGGAGUGUUUUGCGAUCCUCGAGCUGCUGGUUUACUACUACCAUCUCUACCACUGCUUCUGGCAAGCUGCGUUUACUGGAUGUUUUUGUUUGGAAAGCAGUAGCAGCACCUGCCGAAGGCUGUCGAUUUCUUGUGCCAGUCCCGUCCCCUGCUUCGCUGAAAGCCACAACACAGCUGCCUCGCCCACACCCAGCUUAAACUGCAAGUCGUCGACUGGACUAAAUGGGUCAGACCCAACCAACCCUGCUGCCUCUCUAAACCCCCGAGUGUGUGUUUGUGUGUCUCCAAGCCUCGCACCCCCUCUCCCGGUCCCCUAAGUUAUCCGCCGCCGUCGUGCGGCGGUUAGUGUGAUGACGGGGUGUGAUGCCGUUGCCGUGGUGAUGGGGCAGUGUGGCAAGCACUUCGUGUGCACGCUGGCUGGGACUGUGGCGACGCUGUGCUGUGACGGCUGCGAGAGUCGGAGGGGAGUGGAGAGAGGGCAACAGGGCACCACCUGCCAAACGGCGGUGAAGGAAGCGGUGGACGCAGAGCUGGAACUAGAAGACAAGAUGUGACAGUGUCGAGCACUAUCCUUCUGGUUUUCCUUUUUUAAAGUAAUUUUUUUUCCCCAUCUGCUGUGUGUGUGUGUCCUUGUCGCCUUUUCCUUACCUCCUUGCGCUUGCCCUCCAAUGUCUUGACAAUAACUCUUGCACUGGAUGACAAUAGCGGCCUGGGUAACGUUUCUUUUCUUAGUUCUUCAUGCAUUUUCUUAAAAAAAAAUUUUCUUUUACGCCUGUCUUUUGUUGUGCAGAACCUCUGUGUACAGCGAGUUCAGACCUUUCUUUUUCUUCUUUUGUUGUUUCUCCACAGACUCUUGAUUGGUUUGGUUGCCUGCGAGCCCGUUGGACAUUGUGAGAAAACGAACACGAAAGGGGCCUGGUGUUGUGUUUUUUUUUCUUUUCAGUGGGUGUUCCCGUUGAAUAGUCUUGUUGCGCUUUUGUUUUUCAGGAAUUCAGUACAGCACACUCUUCACAAUAACCGUGUGAGUAACAGUUGAGUCCGUACUGUCAUGUACAUAACAACCUCACUGUGAAACAAGGUUCAUAUUUGGGUUCACAUUUUGUCUGCUGUUUUUCUUUCCUGGACUGUACGGCUACCCUUGGCAGUCGGCAAACCAGAAAGCAUUCGAAUGAAAUUGUAUAUGUUUACAGUGUUGUUUGGUAUGAAGGAAGACACUAAACUUACUGAUUCCGCUACUUCUCUGCGCCAAAUCAUCAAGAUGUAGCUGAAGUCACUUGGCACAGUUGAAAUCCAUUGGACAGCUCCGGCAUAGCGGUCUCAUUAAUUUCUAAAUGCGUCAUCAUUUGUGCUGGAUCGUUUGCAUCUUCCUAACUCUGAUGCAGUCACACUGAUUGCAGCAUCUGAUACAUAUUGUUUCACCACCGAAUGCUGCAAGAAACAUUAUAGGUUGAGGACAUUGCAGUAGCUUGGAAAAGAUAAUGCUGACUCACCAUAACAUUAGCUUGACUUGCUGUUUACCAUGGUACUUAGUUUUUGCAUCCACGUGUUCCAUUAUAUGCAGUGUGAUACGAGAACUUUUUAUUUUAGUCUAAGCUCGUGAUGUCUAAUCUAAGGUUAGAGUAGUCUAAUUGCGUGAAAGCACACAAAAUUUUUUUUCUAUCGAGCUAUGUACUAGAUGUGGUGCAAACUUGCAGUAUGUCAUAUCACUAAAUUGUAGCUGCCGCUUGCAUCAGGAACUGUCUUAAAUGGCACGUCUUGUAAUUUACCUGCAGGUUGCAUUGUAGUUCUAGCCCCGGAACGCCGAGUUGUCGCAUAUGUUUGCAUACAAGUGACGGGUUAUGGGGACCGCAUUGUAACAGUGUGUGUGACUUAAUCCUCUCUUGCCCAGUUGGUUCCUGCUGGAAUACAUGGCGUACAGGACUGCAUUUGAGUGCAAGAGUGCGAAAGGGGCUUUGUUGUAUAAUUACUAAUAGUAGUAAAGGAGCUAUUGAAGUGCACAUUUUUUUUAAUGCACAACCAAUUUGUACACUCAGUAAGGAGUAUGCAGGUGAGAAGGAUGUCACUCUCUCGGCUGCAGCCGCAGUGGCUGAAGCAUGGAUGCUGAACUGAGUCUGCUGGCAGACAGUGUGAAACAGGGCUGCCACAAUGGUUUCCCACCGCCCUUUCCAAUUUAGGCACAGUGCAAUGAAUUUUGCCUUAUUUUGCGAUUGCUCUGCGAGUUCAUCUCCCACACCCAAUCCCAUGCUGGUGGAUGAUGGUACGGGCCAUAAUUUGUCUGGGAGCACAGCCUCCAUUAUGCCAAAUGUGUUAGUCAUGCAUCGUAGUUACAUUUUUUUCGUCGAAGUGAAACCUGUUGUGCUUGAACUAGGGAAGUGGCACACUUCUUUUGUUUGGUUAUAGUAAUUUUUUUUUUGCUUGAGUAGGAUGGAGCAAGAAGUUUGGCUGUAAAACUUUGCAUUUGAGUAAACUGACUGGGUGUGACCUGGUUGGAGCCUGCCAUGCAAGCUUCGGCGCACUAUCCUAAGCUGUUGUCACCCGCCUGUUCUUUCAAUUUUUUUCUACUGUUGGGUAGUUUCUUUUUAUUAAUAUUAUUAAUAAUCUUAUUGUUAAAUGUAGCAAUGAUGUCUGUGUGCGAAGGAGUUUACAAACUGCAGUGCAUGAAUCAUCCAUAGACACGAGUUAAACACACUUCAGUCUGUCAAGAAGGAAACAUUCUAAUCCAACAGUGCAGACACUGUCUGCAGUUGAGCGUCCACUACCUCCUCGACUCUGGAUGCUUGCAUCUUCCAGGAGUUCGGAACUCUUGUUACCCCAUGGAAGUUGCCACAAGUGAUGAGGAAACAGAUGGGCUUUCCAAGCUAGCGAAAUCUUUUGAAUAACGCUCCACUAGGCACUGGUACCAGCUACUGCAGGUUUGGCCAGGUGCAGGCUAUCAGUUUAGCUCAAACCAGUGACAGCUUGUCUAGGCUACAUUGUGGUGAUUGUGGCUUGUUUGGCUUCGGGUGGGUAGCCUUCGCAUUAACGCAAACGUGGUGUGUGUCGUAGUUCUUACCGCGGUUAUACGUGGCCACAAAUGUCGAAUACAAGAUGCGUUGUUGACCGGUGGCUCCUCACAGAAACUUCCUUUCACCUACAUCCUUAUUUCGUCUUUUUUCCCCUCCCUCCCCUGUUCAUUCAUUGUAACCAGUCAUGUUUGGUUUUGCCAUCUAUCAUUGUUCACCUCCCAUAGUUUGCAGUACCUGGGAAGUGUAGCGUUCUGCCAUCGAAGUGCCGUAUUCUGUGGAAAUAGCCAGACGGAGUAACCAGCCCCUUCCCGUGAUGUCGGCACAAGUCGGCGAGUCUCUCGUGAAGGUGCCUACGGAAUGAAAUGAAGGGUAGUGCCGUUUUUCCAUGCAACACUUUUGGUGUCGGCUGUUUCUUCGUCAUGGCAGGGACUGCCUUACUAAUUGCACCGUUUGUGGGGGAACAGUUUUCCAAAGACGUUGUACACUUAUUCAUGCAUGGUCGUCACUUCCUCUUGCAACGGGCCUUGGGCACUUUCUUGCUUCCCUCCCAUUCUCUUAAGGCCGUCUUUCCCUGGCAGGUGCUGUGGACCUGUUCAUUGUGCGCCGACGGUUCCCUGAUGUCAAGGGGAGUGGAUGAGGGUGGUGGCUUUGGAAAAGCAAAAUUUUUUUUUGCAAGAUAGCGGUUGUGUGCCGUCCUGUUGCCCGUGGCCGCGCUGCAACCACGAGACGUGGCCGGGAAAUGUGGCGCGUGGGUGACUGUUCAAAAGUAGGACCACCACCGGGAAUACGUCGAACGACGUCGUGGCGGUUAGCCGAGGACAAACCCGAAUCCAAGCUGUGUCGUCGUAGCAAUCUUCUAGAUUUACAUAUUCGGAUCGGGUUAGAGUUUUUUUUUUUCUUUGCAACGUUCACGACUACGGUAGUAGUGCACGCCUACAUCGUUAGGGGGCGCUGUGCAUCGAAGCCUGGCGCGAUGUCGCGAGAGCAGGCAGGGGAGGGGGGCGAGGCCCUGUCGCAUUUCUAGGGUGCCAUUCCGGACGCCGUCAAGCUCCGCCAUAUUUUUCUAUUUCGCCAUAUUGUCGGGCCUACUCGGUUUGAAAUCGCGAGGUGGCCAAGCGCUCUCCGAUUGGCCGAGAAAGCAGCAAACGUGGCGGAAUCCGGCAACAGGAUGGCGGAAAUUUUUGUCCCGAAUAGCGCCCCCUGGACUCUGAAAGAAUUGAAUGAGACUGGGAGUGUUUAAUAGAACGGGCGAAGAAAAAAAAAUGUGCGCGGAAAUAUAUGCUUCCGGAGAUCUUCCGGUCCACACAAACUUUCCUUCUGACCUUUCCCCCACCCUUUCCACAGCCGCCGUUAAAUGUGUAACAUACAAGUAAAUAGCGCAGUUCGUUGAGGUAGCGAGUUUUACUUUUUGACUUCGUAUGUGUAACUUGCCUGCUCCGCACAGCUUAGGGAUUUAAUGAUGACGCUGGAAAGAUGCUGUGUGGAACUUGUGGUAAAAAAAAAAAGACGUACGUGGUUAUAAGGCGAAUGAGAUGAAGUGUGGCCUGUUGUUUAUAUGUUUAUUACUUCCUCUGCCCUCGUGGAGAUUUCUUUUAAUUAUUAUUUACACUGUCUUGUCUUUGAUUUCCAUGACUUACUGUGAAGAGCCUGUGGCGAGAACACUGGCAGCGCCUGAUACGAGUCGCGUGACGAAGCUUUUUUUUUGUUUCAUUUUGCGAGAAACACCUUCACCCUUAAUUAUUAACUAUUAACCAGUGACUUGUAAAGCAUCGCUUGUCACAAACUGUGAGGAUGGGUGAUGUGAUGUAUAAAAAUGAAAAAAAAGGAGUAAUAAAAAUUUUGUGACAUGUCCACUGA